CGCUCACCACCUCCUUCCUCGUCCUCCUCUGUUUCCCUUCUCAACUCUUCACUUUCCCACUGCAACCCAAAAUCUCAGUGAGAGCAAGCGAGCGAGAACGAGAGAGAGGGAGAUUGGGAAUGCAGGGCUUGUGAGCCACUUGCGGAGUUCUUCGUCGCCGGCGUGGUCUCCUCAUAGUUGCCGGGGAUAGUCUGAGCGGUCAAAUCCCAGCGGAAACCGUCAACGCGUUGUCUUCGACUCGAUUUCGGUGCAUUCGGGAAGAGAUCGUCCGGUGAUCGAGCUGAAGCUCCUCGAGAAACCAUCAAUAAAGCAAGGUAACUUUAGUAUCAUUCGGGCUAGUCCUUGAUUAGGGGUUUGAGCAUGGGGAAUCGGGAAGAUGCAAAGUCUAGCAAGACCGAGAAACCCUCCACCCCUCCAGCUUCUUCGGAUCAACCUCAUGUUCAUGUAUACCCUGAUUGGGCAGCUGCACAGGCAUAUUAUGGGCCUAGAUUGGCUCUUCCUUCAUAUUACAACUCUGCAGUGCCACCUGGGUAUGCUCCACAUCCCUACAUCUGGGGUCCUCCACAGCAUAUGAUCCCACCUUAUGGGGCUCCUUUUGCAGCAGCCUACUCACAUGGAGGUGUUUAUGCACAUCCUGCAACUCCUAUUACUCCAACUCCUAUGAGCGGAGAAACUCCAUCAAAGUCGUCAGGUGAUGCGAGUCGUGGCUUGAUGAAGAAGUUGAAAUCCUUUGACGGGCUUGGAAUGCCAAUUACCAAUGGGAAUGUGGAAGCUGCUGAGAACGGGACUAAACCGAGGGUGUCAGAGAGCAGCACAGAGACUGAAGGUACCAGUGAUGGCAGUGAUGGUAACACAAGCGGGGCCGAUCAAAUCAGGAGAAAAAGAAUGUAUGAUGGAACACCACCAGCUGCUGUCGCGAAACCUGAGGGAGGUGCAGCUCCUGACGUAAAUUUGAAAGUUCCCUCGGAGACCUGGUUACUGAAUGAGAGGGAGCUGAAACGGGAGAGAAGGAAACAGUCCAACCGUGAAUCUGCCAGAAGAUCAAGAUUGAGGAAGCAGGCUGAGGCUGAGGAACUUGCAAAUAGAGUGGGAUACCUGACUGACGAGAAUGCAGCUCUUACAGCAGAAAUCAACCUACUGAUGGAAGAUUCCAAUAAGCUGAGACGAGAAAAUGCUAUGUUGAUGGAGAAGCUGAAGCAUUUGGAGCCUGAAGGAACUGGUGAGGAGGGAUCAGAUACUGAGGUCGAGGAAGUAUUACCUCUUACUACCGAGAACUUGCUCUCCAAAGUGGAUAAUGCGGGUUCUAGGGAAACGAGCACUGAAGAGGAAGGGGCAUAUGAGCAGAACUUAAGUGCAGGUUCUAAGCUGCGUCAGCUCUUGGCUGCAAAACCGAGAGCUGAUGCUGUGGCUGCUACUUGACCGAGCUGCUCCAUUUUCAGCUUGUAGCUUGGGGUAUCAAUAAUCAGUCUUAACUUUUCAAACUCAACCGAAUAUUUGGUGUUGAUGACAUAGAAUUUUUAACAUAGCUUGGUCACAUAUGCAUAGUCUGUGGUUCGUGUUUGAUCGCUUGGGUGGACCUCAUCGUGGCCAUCCUUGUGAUUUGCUAACAGAGCUGAGUUGCUGAACCUUAAAAGAGUUAUCUGAACUGCUCGGGGGCUUUUAUAUUCAUGGGAAAUGAUGGCUAUUAGUAUUAUUUUCCUUGGAAUCUGCAACUUAAUUGAAUGCUGAAAGUUGCAUUAAAA